CCGUGUCUGGACACGCGCAGCGCGCCCCCUUGGUGCGCGGGCACAGCAGCCAGGCUGCCGGAGAGCUGAUAUCGGGAUUCGGUGCAGAGCCCUUGGCCUGGAGGCAAUAUGAGUGGUCCGAGGCCGGGUUCAGUGGCUUGCAGCGGUCGGGGAACAGGCCUGUCUGGCCCUGAGUCCCCUUUCUGAAGUGGUGGUGCUUGGACGACCUGCUCUCUACGUGGCUGGGCACUUGUAUGUGCCCAUUGAGAGCACAGUUUUGAGGUUCAAGUCAGUGUGACCAUGAAGGGGCUGCCUAUUGGGCUGAUGCUGUGACACUGGAGUCUGCCUUUCCUGCCAGUCCCCCCACCUGGAACAUGUGGCUGCGGCUUGGCCCACCCUCGAUGUCCCUGAGCCCCACACCCACAAUUGGCCGGAGCCUGUGCCUCACCCUGUGGUUCCUCAGUUUGGUGCUGAGGGCCAGUACCCAGGCCCCAGCACCCACAGUCAAUACUCACUUUGGGAAACUAAGAGGUGCCCGGGUACCAUUGCCUAGUGAGAUACUGGGGCCUGUGGACCAGUACCUAGGUGUACCCUACGCAGCUCCCCCAAUCGGCGAAAAACGUUUCCUGCCCCCUGAACCACCCCCAUCCUGGUCCGGCAUCCGGAACGCAACACACUUUCCCCCAGUGUGCCCCCAGAACAUCCACACAGCUGUGCCCGAAGUCAUGCUGCCAGUCUGGUUCACUGCCAACUUGGAUAUCGUUGCUACUUACAUCCAGGAGCCCAAUGAGGACUGCCUCUACCUGAAUGUCUAUGUGCCUACAGAGGAUGUAAAGCGGAUUUCCAAGGAAUGCGCCCGAAAGCCCAACAAGAAAAUUUGUAGGAAAGGAGGAUCCGGCGCUAAGAAACAGGGCGAGGACUUAGCGGAUAAUGACGGGGAUGAAGAUGAAGACAUCCGGGACAGUGGUGCUAAGCCCGUCAUGGUCUACAUCCAUGGAGGCUCUUACAUGGAAGGGACAGGCAACAUGAUUGAUGGCAGCGUCCUCGCCAGUUAUGGCAAUGUCAUCGUCAUCACCCUAAACUAUCGAGUUGGGGUACUAGGUUUCCUGAGCACUGGUGAUCAGGCUGCCAAAGGAAACUAUGGGCUCCUUGACCAAAUCCAGGCCCUCCGCUGGGUGAGUGAGAAUAUCGCCUUCUUUGGAGGAGAUCCUCGCCGUAUUACUGUCUUUGGCUCAGGCAUUGGUGCAUCUUGUGUCAGCCUCCUCACCCUGUCACAUCACUCUGAAGGGCUUUUCCAGAGGGCCAUCAUCCAGAGCGGCUCUGCUCUGUCCAGCUGGGCUGUGAACUACCAACCAGUAAAGUACACCAGCCUUCUGGCAGACAAAGUGGGCUGUAACGUGCUGGAUACUGUGGAUAUGGUGGACUGUCUUCGGCAAAAGAGUGCCAAAGAGCUGGUAGAGCAGGACAUCCAGCCAGCCCGCUACCAUGUGGCCUUUGGGCCUGUGAUCGAUGGUGAUGUCAUUCCUGAUGACCCUGAGAUUCUCAUGGAACAGGGCGAGUUCCUCAACUAUGAUAUCAUGCUAGGCGUCAACCAGGGUGAGGGUCUCAAGUUUGUGGAAGGGGUGGUAGACCCUGAGGAUGGUGUCUCUGGCACCGAUUUUGACUAUUCUGUCUCUAACUUUGUGGACAAUCUGUAUGGCUACCCAGAGGGUAAAGACACCCUGAGAGAGACCAUCAAGUUCAUGUACACAGACUGGGCAGACCGUGACAACCCUGAGACGCGUCGUAAAACACUAGUGGCACUCUUUACUGACCACCAGUGGGUAGAGCCCUCAGUGGUGACAGCUGAUCUACAUGCCCGCUAUGGUUCACCUACUUAUUUCUAUGCCUUCUACCAUCACUGCCAAAGCCUCAUGAAGCCUGCUUGGUCAGAUGCAGCUCAUGGGGAUGAAGUACCCUAUGUUUUUGGUGUCCCUAUGGUAGGUCCCACUGACCUUUUCCCCUGCAACUUCUCCAAGAAUGAUGUUAUGCUCAGUGCUGUCGUCAUGACCUAUUGGACCAACUUUGCCAAGACUGGGGAUCCUAACAAGCCAGUUCCCCAGGACACCAAGUUCAUUCAUACGAAGGCCAACCGCUUUGAGGAAGUAGCCUGGUCCAAGUACAAUCCUCGAGACCAGCUCUACCUUCACAUUGGGCUGAAACCAAGGGUCCGCGAUCAUUACCGAGCCACUAAAGUGGCCUUCUGGAAACACCUGGUGCCCCACCUUUACAAUCUGCAUGACAUGUUCCACUACACAUCCACAACCACCAAAGUGCCGCCCCCCGAUACCACCCACAUCUCCCACAUCACCCGCAGGCCCAACGGCAAGACCUGGAGCACCAAGCGGCCAGCCAUCUCCCCUGCCUACAGCAACGAGAAUGCCCAGGGCUCCUGGAAUGGGGACCAGGAUGCAGGGCCUCUCCUGGUGGAGAACCCUCGUGACUACUCCACUGAAUUAAGUGUCACCAUCGCUGUGGGGGCCUCCCUCUUGUUCCUCAACGUUCUGGCCUUUGCUGCCCUCUACUAUCGCAAGGACAAACGGCGCCAGGAGCCCCUGCGUCAGCCUAGCCCCCAGAGGGGAGCUGGAGCUCCUGAAUUGGGAGCUGCUCCCGAGGAGGAGCUGGCAGCAUUACAACUGGGCCCCACUCACCAUGAGUGUGAGGCUGGUCCACCCCAUGACACGCUGCGCCUCACUGCACUGCCCGACUAUACCCUGACCCUGCGCCGCUCCCCUGAUGACAUCCCACUCAUGACCCCCAACACCAUCACGAUGAUUCCCAACUCCUUGGUGCAGACUUUGCACCCCUACAACACCUUUGCGGCAGGGUUCAACAGUACUGGGCUGCCCCACUCACACUCCACCACCCGGGUAUAGCUCCAACCCAGAGCACAGUUCACCUCCCAGCCCCUCCCUCCCAAAUACACACACACAUACACACACACACACACACACACUCACACACACACACACGUGCACACACAGAUACACAUGCACGCACACAGAGACAUAUAUGUAUACGCAGUCACCCAUACCCUGCAGCAGACCCAUCUGCACAAGCAUAGACAGAUGUGGACAUGCACCCGCAUGUACAAAAACACAAAUAGGAAGGUAAACCUGAAUAAACCCCUCAGAUGGGGACACAGAUGAGUCCUUGGCAAGCUGAGGACUCAUGGAAUAGCAGCUGAAGCCAGCUCUCUGAGCCUGAACAGACACUCCUGGGGGCCUGAAAGCAAGACUUGGACACCCCCUUGGUGCUCGCCUUCGGCCUUUCUUGGAACUACACCACCGACCAACUCCAGACUUGGGAGCUUUCAAGAGCAAAGUAGCUCUUCCUCCCUAGACUUAGUCUUUUAUCUGGGUCUUGUUUUUGUUGAUUUUUCUUUGGAACAAACACUUUUCCAACCCAUGAGUGGCAAGAGGCUCUGGAAGAGAGGGAUCUGGGACCAUUUCUCUCUGGUUCUGGAAACUCCAGUGCUCACAUAAUCAGAUCAAGAGAUAGAACCCCCAUGAAAGAAACGGAUUCGCACAAGACCAUGGGGUGACAGGAAGGGGCUAAUGAUGGGUGAGGCUGAAGGGCUGUCAAGAAGAGAUCUCCAACCAUUUCCACAUCCUGUGGAAGCCUGGAGGCCAGCAGUAUUAGCCUGGCUACACCAGGGAGGGGACCCUAGGUUUGGUGUACAAGGUAUUAUGGAGGCCAUGCCAUUAUUGGGUCCCCAGGUAUGUAAUCUGGGUUCUGCCUCUACCCUUAGGGAAAUGCUAUCAGAAAUUCACCCCAUUUUCUUUAUAGUCUCUUUUGUGUCUGUCAUUUCUCUUUCAAAAAGACGGUGUUUUUGUUUUUGUUUUGUCGUUGUUGUUGCCUUUUUUUUUUUUUUUAAAGAAAAGCUCUUAAAACACUAACGGAAACCCAUGGAGUUUGUCCUUUGUAAAAAUUUUAAACAGUGUCUUGAUAUAAAAAUAAAAAAUCCAGUCAGCACUCCCAA